UCCACGUGUGUGGAUAUUUCAGUUUCAGUUCAAUUCAACUCUACAGUUGAACUGAGACCAAUGAAAUUUUCAAUUUUUUAAACAGAAAGUUUAAACUGAUUAUUACGUGUGUGGGGGUUCGCUGUACAUUUCUCAGUUCAAUUAAGAGGAGGUGUGUUGUAUUCUGUGGUAUUCCUUUUUAAAAGUAUAAUUUUCGCGUAGUUAAGAUGGCGCGUAAUAAACCUAAUCAAAUAAUUAGCGAUUUUAUUGAAAUGUAUCGAUCGGAACCUUGUCUUUGGCAAGUAAAGAGUCAUGAUUAUCAUGACCGUAUGAAAAGAGAUGAUGCAUAUACCAAAUUAGCAAAAAAAUUGGACGAAAUUGAACCUGGUGCUACGAAGAAAUCUGUUAUUAAUAAAGUGAACAGUUUGAGAUCUGCUUUUCGCAAAGAGAAAAAGAAAGUUGAAGCGUCAAAGAAGUCUGGAUCAUCAGCGGACAGCAUUUACAAGCCGGCACUCUGGUAUUACGACUUGUUUGAUUUCUUGCAAGACCAAGACACUCCGAAGACAUCAAUUUCAAAUCUGGACAGUGAAGGUGAGGAGCACUUUUCGCCAUCUAACCAACACCAAAGUGUUGUGCUCCACUUGACCACUGCCACAAUAUUUUUAUGGCCAUUGACAUUUGCCAGCAUGGCUGCUGCUGUGUCGCCCGUUGUCACCGCCAAUCACCCAAUCGAGUCACCUAGUCGUUCAUCCAGCCGCUCGAUCGUAUUUUGGCUAGACGCGUUUCGCAUUGUUAAUUUAUUAACAUUGCAUUGA